GAAGGCAUAAAAAUGAUCUCCUGUCCCGCAUGUGUUAUGGUGGGAUUGGAUUAAAGUUUCUCCGAACGAUAGAAAAAAUCUCUCUUGUGCCCUUUCUCCUUCCCCAUCACAGUUGACGCGACGAUCGCCCUUCCAUCUCUCCUCACCUCGUUGGUCGCCGUAACCGGUGCCACUCCGUCGAUCCUUUGUUAAGUGUCCGAUCUACUUUUUCAUUUUUAUUUCCUUCGUUAUCUAUAAAACUCAGAUCUAUCCCUUUUUUCUCACCUGCAGCAAUCCUGGGAUUCCUCUGUUCUUCUUCUCCGAUCUUGAGCCGCUCAUUCCGUUCUACGUGGCCAAUGGAGAGUUGUCAUGUCAGAUGUAUGAGCGCUCUGCAGAUAUGGGCCUGGGUGUACCAUUCAACAUAGCAUCCUAUGCUCUUCUGACAAAUAUGAUUGCUCAUGUUUGUGAUCUUUCUCCAGGAGACUUUAUCCAUGUUAUUGGGGAUACUCAUGUUUAUCCCACUCAUGUCAGGCCCUUGCAGGAGCAGCUUCAGAAGCUACCAAAGCCUUUUCCAAUUUUGAAGAUAAAUCCAGAGAAAAAGAAUAUAGAUUCUUUUGUGGCAUCUGAUUUCAAACUCAUAGGUUAUGAUCCUCACCAGAAAAUAGAGAUGAAACUGGUUGUAUAGAACUCUCUAGUGUGUUCAGUAAACUUAGAGGCUCUAGUUCAACUGAGGCAGUAUUUUUUCAGUUUUGAGCCCCAGCUACAGGCAGCUUCUGCUAUUGUAGAGUCCUAUCACAAAUUGCAAAAAUAAAAACUUGCUAGUUGAUAAUACACUCCAAGCUUUUAUGUGUAGUGACCAAGAAUCAUCUGGUUUCACAUGGUUUUGAUGGUUCUAAGGUGAUUUAGUAAAAUACUUUUGGACCUUUAUAUUGAUAGGAAUGGUAUUGUAUUCUGUGCAUGACCCCAAGUUCUUUCAAUGGGGAGUCUUGUUUGCUUCAUAGCUUCAUAGCUUGCACUAUUUUUAUGAAAUUUUUAUGUUUAUGGUUUUGAAAACAUUAGAAUAUGAAUUUUAU